UCCUUUUUAUAGCUUCGCAAGAGCAGGCUAGAGCUUUUCCUUCAAAAAAAAAAAAAAAAAAAGUUACAGUGAAGAAGUGCGGCAAUUCACAGUCGAAAGCAAUGGCGGCUUGUCUGCAACUCAACGCCAAGUCUUUCAGACCCUAUUUCCGACUCAACUCUGUGUCUGUUUCCAAACAGUCCCCCAAACCCGGUCGGAUCAGGUGCGCAACCACCACACCCUCCAAACGCUACACCAUCACUCUGCUUCCCGGCGAUGGCAUCGGCCCGGAGGUCAUCUCCGUCGCCACCAACGUCCUCAAGCUCGCCGGCUCUCUCGAAGGAAUUGAAUUUAAGUUCCAAGAGAUGCCUGUGGGUGGAGCUGCCUUGGAUUUGACUGGAGUUCCACUACCAGAGGAGACCCUUUCAGCCGCAAAGCAAUCCGAUGCGGUCUUGCUCGGAGCAAUUGGAGGGUAUAAAUGGGAUAAAAAUGAAAAACACUUGAAGCCAGAGACUGGGUUGCUUCAGCUUAGGGCUGGCCUUAAGGUGUUUGCGAAUUUGAGGCCUGCAACUGUUUUACCUCAGUUAGUGGAUGCUUCAACUUUGAAGAAAGAGGUUGCUGAAGGUGUUGAUCUAAUGGUUGUAAGAGAGCUUACUGGAGGUAUUUAUUUCGGAAAGCCCAGGGGUUUCAGCAAGAAUGAAAAUGGUGAGGAAAUUGGCUUCAAUACGGAGGUGUAUGCCGCGUAUGAGAUUGAUCGCAUUGCUCGUGUUGCAUUUGAGACUGCUCGGAAGCGGCGUGGAAAACUUUGCUCUGUCGACAAAGCAAAUGUGUUGGAGGCAUCAAUCCUUUGGAGGAAUAGAGUUACAGCAAUAGCCUCAGAAUACCCUGAUGUUGAACUCUCACACAUGUAUGUUGACAAUGCCGCUAUGCAGCUUGUUCGGAAUCCAAAACAGUUUGAUACAAUUGUGACAAACAAUAUAUUUGGAGAUAUUUUGUCCGAUGAGGCUUCAAUGAUUACUGGAAGUAUUGGGAUGCUUCCAUCUGCUAGUCUUGGUGAAUCGGGACCUGGACUCUUCGAACCAAUACAUGGUUCUGCUCCUGAUAUUGCUGGACAGGAUAAGGCCAACCCAUUAGCAACAGUGCUCAGUGCUGCCAUGCUUUUGAAGUAUGGUCUAGGGGAAGAAGAUGCUGCCAAGAGAAUUGAGGCUGCAGUCCUUGAUACUUUGAGUAGGGGGUAUCGAACGGUGGACAUACACUCAGAUGGAAAUAAGUUGGUAGGAUGCAAGGAAAUGGGUGAAGAGGUACUGAAGUCAGUAGAUUCCCAAGUUCCUGCUCCAGUUUGAAUUGAAACCAACAAAGGGCUCAUUGUGCAUCGAUAUCGACUACUGUUUAGGUAUUCCAAGAGUCUCCUCAAUAAGGGAGUUGAAAGAUUCCUUUUAUUUCUCAUCCAGUUUUGUGAGUCUUCGGUGACAAUAUGGUUGUUUCUAGUGUUGAGAGUAGUUUGAAUUGUUGUUGUAUGUCAGUGAUCAUUUUCGAGACCUUGGUCAGAAGAGACCUGCAGAUUAUAUAAUCACCAUUUUAUGCAA